UGAUACGCCUUCUUUCAAGGCACUUUCCGUGCACACAACAAAAAACUCACUCUUGAGCGAUUUCAAGUCUCUAUCGAAUAUAUUUCUUGCUGAAAGAGUUGAAAUAAAAUUAUUGAAGGAUCUAAUUUUAAUAUUUUUAGCUUUUUCAGGGGAAAUUUAUAGGAAUGAAUGGGGAUGGGGAAGGAUUUGAUGAAGGUGUGAAAAUGGAGAAAUUGGUGUUUAUGUGGGGGUAUUUGCCAGGGGCAUUGCCUCAGAGAUCGCCAAUACUGUCCCCAGUGGUCGUGCGGCUACCACCUUCGAGCAUCGCCAGAACUUCCUGGAAGGAUGUCUGUGGUGGUGGUUGUGGUUUUGCCAUGGCCAUUUCAGACUCUGGAAAGCUCAUUACUUGGGGUUCAACAGACGAUUUAGGUCAAAGCUAUGUGACAUCUGGGAAACAUGGGGAAAUGCCAGAGCCUUUUCCAAUUCCUACUGAGACCACAAUAGUGAAAGCUGCUGCCUGUUGGGCGCACUGUGUUGCUGUAACAGAGAGUGGGGAAGUUUACACUUGGGGAUGGAAAGAGUGUAUUCCCUCUGGAAAGGUCUUUGGUAGCCCAUCAACAGGGUUAAGCAUAGAGAAGGAUGUAUUUGAGAAACAGAGUUUGUUGACUGAGCAAGUGAGCCCUCGUUCCCAGGGAUCAAGAUCCAGUGGUGGGACAGUCUCUGGUAGUGACAGUAGAGGAGGGGACGAGACUACAAAGCGGAGAAGGGUAUCUCCAUCCAAGCCGUCAGCUGAAAGCUCAUCAUCAGGUGAUGAAACUCUUUCAGCGUUGCCAUGUUUGGUAACAUUCAACCCUGGAGUAAGGAUUGCCACUGUUGCUGCUGGUGGUCGGCAUACACUUGCAUUGUCAGUUUCAGAUAUAGGACAGGUGUGGGGCUGGGGAUAUGGAGGUGAAGGGCAGCUGGGAUUGGGUUCUCGGAUCCGAAUGGUGUCCUCUCCACAUCCUGUACCCUGCAUUGAUUCCUCUUUCGCCAGAGAUCACUCUAUGAGCCUUUCUCGUGCGAGCAGGGGUUCAGAGGGUCAAGGUUUUAGAGUUCCUGGAAAUUAUAUUAAAGGAAUUGCAUGUGGUGGAAGACACAGUGCAGUAAUUACGGAUGCCGGGGCACUUUUAACCUUCGGCUGGGGAUUAUAUGGUCAGUGUGGCCAAGGAAGUACAGAUGAUGAGCUUAGUCCUACUUGCGUAUCUUCCUUACUUGGAAUUAGGAUAGAAGGUGUUGCUGCAGGGCUUUGGCAUACUGUCUGCAUUUCUGCUGAUGGUGAUGUAUAUGCAUUUGGUGGGAAUCAGUUUGGUCAAUUAGGAACUGGAGCUGAUCAAGCCGAGACAUUGCCUCGACUCCUGGAUGCUCCGAGUUUGGAGAAUGUGAAUGCAAAAAUUGUAUCAUGUGGAGCCCGUCACAGUGCUGUAGUCACAGAUGAUGACAGAAUAUUUUGCUGGGGCUGGAACAAGUAUGGUCAGCUCGGUUUGGGAGAUGUGAUUGAUCGCAAUAUUCCUACUCAAGUUCCAAUUGAUGGAUUCAUUCCAAGAAACGUUGCAUGUGGUUGGUGGCACACUCUUUUGUUGGCCGAAUCACCCACUUGAACGUCUCUCUCUGAUGGCCUGGCACAAUUUUGUUAGGUAGAAGUUUUCUUUCAUGGGUAUUAACAGGGUUCUAUGUAUAUAUACACAGUUGUAGCUUGUAUCCAUCCAUAUGCGUAUACUCAUGUAAUCAUUCUUUAAUCGUAAAGUUCUUUGACGGAUCAUCUCUAUUAUCACUGUGGUCGAUAGACAAUGGUGUGUAGUGGUGAAGAUAAUGUGGGUCCAUUAUGUGUUGUAUAUUCUUAUUGAUGCAUGUUAAACUUUCUCAUGUAUGUAACUGAUGGGAAUGCUUCUACUGCUGCAAAUUAUUUUAGGUUCAUGGAUUAUGGAAUAGUUGUAA